CCAUUCAGAGCUCCUUUUAAGCAAGGUUCAGCUGCCCUCUCUAUUCGAAAUGUUCACUAAAAUAGGCUAUGGCUGGCGUUGGGUCUGUGUUAGGUGGACUGCUAAGAUUAUGCAGCAGAUUUCUUACUUUUGGUCCGAUAAGGGGCCUGCCGGUGAUUGUUUUUGGUGGCUGGAUGUGCUGUUACUUCUUGGAGGAAUUCACAGUGAAUCGACGGCAACUUGGGCUCACGAACGCAAGAUUCGCAUAAUUUGUCGAUGCUUGUUUGCUUACCAUGCGGUCGCAUUUGUGCUUCAAUUAAAUGAUGCGUUAUAUGAAGAGAAGAAAGCGGCUCUCGUUGUUUGGGAACUGAUGAAAGUUAUCUUUAUAUUUGUGGCUUACUUGAAAGUGGUAUUAGUAGUACAGCUUAAGGGAUCGAUUGCAACGUUGCGUCAGUUUAUCCGCAGCAAUCACAUUUGUUCUGGUGAUAUAGAAUAUGAUGAACUAGAGCAAAACAAGUUCAAUAAGAUUGUCAGAAUAACCAUUCAAGUCGUAUUUGUUCUAAUAAUAAUUGAUACGCUUAUUCUGUCGGUUCCAAACUUCUCGAAUAAUGAUUUACUGAAAUUACCACAUCUUCUGGCGUUGACUGGAAUGUUUCCAUCGUACAUUUUAAAAAUCCUUCUCACUAGUUGUUUGGGAAUUUCGGUAAUACCAAAAUACUUUGCUUGCACGGCAUGUGUUGGAGCUGUUCUAAUAGGAAUGCGAACCAGGCUUAGAAUCUUGGCUCAUCGUUUUGAGCAUAUUUCACAGCAGGAUUUUACGAGUGAAGAAAAGGCCUUUGAAUGUGUCAACCGAGACAUACAAGAAGCGUUAGCUCAGCACCUGGAAUAUUGGAGCCAUUUGAAAGCGAUGAAAAUUAUGGUGAGCAAAACAUUUCUAAAGGUGCACUACUUUUCAAUCGUUGCUAUUGGAUCAUUGAUUUAUGUCUGCUGCGCAAUGGGAGUAAACGGUGUGACAUUUGUUAUUGGUGCAGGAACCGUGUCGUUUUUAAUGGAGUACUAUUUGUUGUGUCAUUUGGUUGAUUUACUUCAGGACGAAGCUGACUCCAUCGGAUAUCAUAUUUUUAGAAUAUGCGCCCAAAUACCCUACAACUCAGAGUUACGUUCAGAAUAUGUUCAAUUACGUACCACUCUGAUGAUUGUCUGGAUCAACACUAGAAACGGCAUAUCGUUGAACUGCCUAGGACUCUUCGAAAUCACCACAUUCACCUUCGUAACCCUUAUUGAUGCAGCGUACUCGGUAUUGAUGUUCCUGAUCAAAAUGGGUAAGAUUGUAGACACUGAUGGGUGACUUACAAAUGCCAAACUGAAUGGCGGUCAUCUGUCAUUCAAUAAAACUUUUUUAUAUUGAUUGUUUUUUGAAUCGUUUAGUAUAAAUUUC